GAUAGUGCUUCAGUUUGGUGCUUAAACGCGUUGCGCGUACUUCAUAUAGCUGAAACAAUUCAGCUGGUGUAUCUGUCGCUUAUCGUACAUACACAUAUACAUAGACUAAAUGCAUAUGUAUUUUGUGGCCAUCCUGUUUUAAGUAUACUAGUAAUUUGUACGAUCUUUCGUAAAGUGAAAGAGUUCAGUGAAUUUAAUAAAAUUGUGCAACUCAGGUUUAACAGUAGGCCAUGGAGCGCAAGGGAUUUCUCCAUACUUAUAAUUUCCUGCUGGUUAUAAUUUUAUUUACUGCAUUUCCUGAAGCUCUGGCAGUACGCGUUACCAGCACUCAGCAGAAACACCGUUUAAAAGAAAAUCAACCGGAUCUUACACCAUCAGGGUCCUUUUGGCAGCAACAUGUGGCGACGCCUAGUAGUUCAACACCCUUCGAUUCGCCCUUUUAUUCGGCAACACAUGGCCUUGUACAGACUCAUCCCUCUUUAAGUUCGAGCCCAGUUCCACUGAACAGCAAUAGCCUGGGAAGUGGAGUACCUCCGUCAAGUGUGGCUGGUAGUAAGCCAUCCUUAACAGCUGGAAGUGGCUACCUAAAUUCCCGCGGAAGUUUGCCUACUUCUGCUCGUUAUCCAGCUAAUAAGAUCACUGGGACAGUGGUCGAACCUAACCCGAAAUCUCCUUUCCGCCACUUAGACUUUUCUACUAGCGCAACUGCGGAGUUAAGGCGCAAUCCAGCACUAUCUGCUCCGGACGAAUGUGCUCGCGCUUGUCGAGAGGGAGAGCCUCCAAGAAUAUGUUACUAUCAUUUUACGUUGGAGUACUACACUGUUCUGGGCGCUGCUUGCCAAGUAUGCACUCCAAAUGCAACAAAUACGGUUUGGAGUCAUUGUCAGUGUGUUUUAGCUGACGGAGUUGAGCGCGGAAUUCUAACAGCAAAUCGAAUGAUACCCGGCCCUAGCAUUCAAGUAUGUGAGAACGAUAAGGUAGUCAUUGAUGUUGAAAACCACAUGGAGGGAAUGGAAGUAACUAUUCACUGGCACGGUAUAUGGCAGCGAGGCUCGCAGUACUAUGAUGGCGUUCCCUUCGUCACACAAUGUCCCAUACAGCAGGGAAAUACCUUCCGUUAUCAAUGGACGGGCAAUGCUGGAACGCAUUUUUGGCACGCUCAUACUGGCUUACAGAAACUAGAUGGACUUUACGGCAGUGUGGUGGUUCGCCAGCCACCAUCGAGGGACCCUAAUUCCCAUUUAUAUGAUUUUGAUUUAACUACUCAUAUCAUGCUUAUUAGCGAUUGGUUACACGAAGACGCUGCAGAGCGAUAUCCUGGACGACUGGCAGUAAACACAGGCCAAGAUCCAGAGUCAAUGCUAAUUAACGGCAAAGGACAGUUUCGUGACCCAAAUACUGGAUUUAUGACUAAUACUCCAUUGGAAAUAUUUACAAUAACCCCUGGCCGCCGUUACCGUUUCCGAAUGAUAAACGCAUUUGCUUCUGUUUGUCCAGCACAAGUCACAAUCGAAGGACACGGUAUGACAGUCAUAGCAACCGAUGGUGAGCCUGUGCAUCCUGUUGAUGUCAACACAAUCAUUUCAUUCUCAGGAGAGCGCUACGAUUUUAUUAUAACCGCGGACCAACCUGUUGGAGCGUAUUGGAUUCAGCUACGUGGACUUGGCGAGUGUGGUAUUCGUAGAGCUCAACAACUGGCAAUUCUGCGCUACGCUCGUGGACCCUAUCAACCUGCCUCUUCACCGCCAACGUACGAUGUAGGAAUUCCGCAAGGUGUGGUCAUGAAUCCUUUGGACGCUCAAUGCAACCGUCAACGAAACGAUGCCAUAUGCGUGAGCCAACUAAAAAACGCUCUUGAGAUUGAUCGCGGUAUAUUGGCAGAGAAGCCAGAUGUAAAGAUUUUCCUACCGUUCCGCUUCUUUGUGUACCGAGCAGAAGAUCUAUUCCAGCCAAACACUUAUAAUAGAUUCUUGGUGGCACCCACCGGAGACCAUGUGAUUUCACUUAUCGAUGAAAUUUCCUACCUAUCGGCACCAGCGCCGCUGACGUCUCAGUUCAAUGAUAUCAAUCCAGAACAGUUUUGUAACGGAGACAAUCGCCCCGCUGAUUGUGGACCAAACUGUAUGUGCACCCAUAAGAUUGACAUACCACUUAAUGCAAUUGUGGAAGUAGUUUUGGUAGAUGAAGUUCAACAGCCCAACUUGUCCCAUCCUUUUCAUUUGCACGGAUAUGGCUUUAGCGUCAUUGGUAUAGGCCGAUCACCGGAUUCGUCCGUAAAGAAAAUUAAUUUAAAGCACGCAUUAGACCUGGACAGGCGCGGACUACUACACCGACAGUAUAACUUGCCUCCUACGAAGGACACAAUUGCGGUGCCGAACAAUGGCUACGUUGUUCUCCGUUUUAGGGCUGAUAAUCCUGGUUUCUGGCUUUUUCACUGUCAUUUUCUAUUCCACAUUGUUAUUGGUAUGAAUUUGAUUUUGCAGGUCGGCACUAACGCUGAUCUGCCCCCAGUACCACCAGGUUUCCCAACAUGUGGUGAUCACACUCCACCAAUUCCAAUAAACUAAGACUUAACCGAGACGACAACUCCCCAAAGCCACAUGGCAAGGCAUUUUGAAAACGAACAACGAAAUUUUUUAGGAACUUAAAUGACCUACAUACAUACUGAUUGAAUAGUUUGUAAAAAGCCUAACCAAUCCCAUUAUAUGUACCAAUGUAUAUAUUUCUGUAAAAUAGCACAAAGCACAGAUAUCCUUUUUAAUAAUGAGAACACUGCCAAUGCCCAAUUGUAUAUUAAUCACAAUAUUCAUAGGAGUAUUGACGACCCUCCUUUACAUUUGAUACCCAGCAUCGUACUAUAAAAUGUAUAUAUAUAAUAAUAUGUGUGUAUUUGUAGAAACUAAAAAUACAAUACAUUUAUUUAUUUUA